GUCGCUGCUACCGUCAGGCUUCUUCUCCUCACUGGCAACCACGAACUUGCUUUCAUCCCUAGUAGUCCUCUUGGAGCUCCCGCUCGAUGCAUUUGACGGAUUUCCACUCUCCAUUGACAUCUGUUGGUCUUCUUACUGUCUUGAUCCUACUUUGUGCUUGGGUACGUAGACGUGCUCGGCCUGUCGUACCCUUACCUCCCGGACCGUGGCCGCUACCGAUCAUAGGCAAUGUCAGGGAUUUGACGCCGAAACAGCUUUGGCUCAGGGUCACUGAAUGGGCAAAUAUCUAUGGCGACGUCUGUCAUGUCCAUGCCUUCGGCCAGAGCAUGAUCUUUUUGAGCAGCCCCAAGGCCAUAUCGGCUUUAUUAGACGCGCGAGGCUCAUUGAACUCCGAUAGACCGAAGUCUGUCAUGGGAGGAGAAUUGUGCGGAUGCCACCAUUUGGUAUCAUUUGCAGACUACAACGAUACAUUUAAACGUCGCCGGAGGCUCAUGCAGCGUGCCCUGGGAGCUCGGAUCAUACCAUCCUAUCAUUCCUGGAUCCAGGCCUCCACCAGUUUAUUCAUCAAAGACCUUCUCAGAUCUCCCGAACAAUACAUAGCCAUCACUCGCAAAUACGCCGCCGGAUUGACGUCCUCCGUAAUUUACGGUUAUGAGCUCAAGUCAGCGGACGACAGACUACUCAUUCAGUCCGAAGAUUGUCUCAAUAUUCUGUCGAAUGAGAUCGCCGCUGAGGGAGGCGUUUGGAUGGUUGAUAUGUUUCCGGUUUUGAAGUAUCUGCCAUCGUGGCUUCCGGGCGCCGGUUUCAAACGACGUGCGGAGGUAUUGAAGAAGAGGUUCUUUACGCUUGCUGAGGAACCAUUCAAAUUCGUGAAGAUGAAGCUUCGGCAGCAAGUCAAUCAACCUCCGUCAUUCUGCUCAGUCCUCUUGAAUAAUCCAGAGGGAGAUCAAACAGCUGAAGAGGAUGAUGUGAAGUGGACGGCCACUACAGUGUUCCUGUCGAGCUCUGAUACUACUGUAGCCACUGUGUCUAUGUUCUUGCUCGCUAUCUUACUACACCCAGACGUUCUUCGUAAGGCACAACGAGAGAUCGACGAAGUCAUAGGGAAGAACCAAGUACCAGGCUUCGAUGAUAGGAGUCGCCUUCCGUACGUUGAGGCAGUCAUGUCCGAGGCCUUGCGCUGGGGGGCACCCGUUCCGUUGAACAUACCUCACCGGGCAAGAGAGGAAGAUAUUUUUCGCGGUAUGCGCAUUCCGAAGGGAUCUUUGAUUAUCGCUAACAUCUGGGCGAUCCUGAGAGACGAGAAGCUCUAUCCAAACGCGUCUACAUUCGACCCGGAGCGAUUCAUGGCGCCAAAUUCCACAGAGAAAGGUAACGAAAAAAUCAUUGACCCUAGAAACUAUGUAUUCGGUUUCGGGAGAAGGAGCUGCCCCGGUGCCGAUCUCGCUGAAGCCUCCAUCUGGCUCUUACUCGUAACCAUCAUAGCCACCCUCGAUAUCUCCGCCGCGCUCGAUCCUUCCAACGGGCAGCCUAUACGUCCUGACGUUGAGUUUAAGAAUUCGUUCUUCAGGUGA